UCGAGAAAACUUGCCAGAUUUCGUCAACACUUCACUAAAGAACUGAGAAAAUUCGCCUUUUUUCACCAGCAUUCCCCUGCGUUUCAGUAAUUUUUCUCAGAAUAGUGAAAGCAGCCAAUCAGUUGCGCUUUUUGAACGCUGUGUCACGAGAUUGCCGCAUGAUAAAUGUUUACUUGUAAUGAAUGGGUUCGAGUUCGAGACUUCGAGUUCAUAAAUAAAGAUGAAACUGAGUCGUCUAUGAAUGAAUGAAUGAAUGUGAAUACGGAAAGAAAAAACAGUUUCUCACUCGUCCUGCUUCAUAUCUUUUUCUAAAGAAAUGACUGUGGGAUCCAGUCGAAUAUCCUCGGAGUUUGAUGUUGGGCAGUUUUUAAGUUCUUAUGACACGUUAAAAGAACAUCUGAAUGCCAUGAACAGCGUUUUAGAAGCCAGUAAAAUACUAAAAAGAUGGGACGUUCCUUCAGUUUCAUUCAUUUUCUGUGUCUUUGUAAUGACACUGUGCAUCUAUUUCCCAGAGUUUUUAUUCGCUUUUGGUCUCUUUCCCAUUCCACUUGUACUACUUGGUACCUAUAUGAAAAGUUUGGGAGAGCAGAAACAAAUCAGGCAUAUCAUUGUGAUGGCAGUUGAAAAUGAAGAGCAACAUCUUAAACGUAAACAAGAGCUAAUUGAAAGAUCAAGAAAAGAUUUGAAGAGAUUUAUAAAAGUAUUAUGUGAAAUCCAAUAUUAUAUGGACAUUGCUCAUAGAAAAAUGUCAGUUAUACGAAGCGUCUUUUUGUGGAAAGAUCCAAAGCUUACAACAAGAUUUCUUGGCUACAUAUUCGUUUUGAUGCUAUUGACGAGUGUUGUGCCACUCUCUUUGAUAUUUCUCGUUUCGUUUCUCUACUUUGUUUUAUACAACGACGACUUUAGAAAAGUAGUCACAGAUAAUCUUUACAUUGAUUUGCCACAAUUGGAAUCCUUGCAAGAGAGUAAGGCAAUGGAAAAGGGCUCAGAAGAAAAUGGCGUGGAUAAUCCAACUAUUUCGUGCGAUGCGAACAGUUCUAUUGACAGCGAUACUAGUUCGUAUGAAGAUGAUAGUCAAAGCGGUGAAGACACUGAAGAUGAAGAUAAUAUCAAUCCUGGUAAACAAUCAAAAUCCUUCGUGUCUCACAUCAGCGAGUACAGAAAACGACGACAAGAAUUGAAAAAAGGAAAUUGUGUCGCAUGCGAUAUUGCCUUUUCAUCGAUCCUGACUAGAAGGAAGUACUGUCGAAGAUGCGGUGAUAAGUUUUGCUCGAAAUGCUGCAGGCAUCGUGUUAAAAAGGCUGCCCUUGGUGUUACAGCUCCCGGAUCACGUGAUCAACGCGUGCUCGUAUGUAAUGGCUGUUAUGGAAAACUGCGGCUUAAAAAUGCACCGGGCGACUGAGGAACAACCACGCGGACAAACUUGGGGGGAGAUGUAUUUCUUACUACUUUCUGCGACACUUGACAUAUCAGUUCAAACGAUGGUCAAUGGAAAGGUAGUGAAAUCCAUUUUAUUCCAUCAAGAUCGAUAUAACACUUAUUAAUGAUCAAUCAACACAAGCCGUAAGUACACCUUUUUAAGGUUAUAGAUUAUUCUUCUCUCUUAUACGUCCAUGUUGGCGGAUUGAAAGAGAAUCAUCGGUAUCCGUUAUUGGGUUGUCGAUAUUACAGAUUAGGUAUUGCAUAUCACAUCCAUUUUACCGAUACUUUAUAAUGCAAAUUACAUCGAUUCUAUCAAUACCUUAAAGCACAUCACAUCGAUAUUGUCGAUACUUUAUAAUGCAAAUUACAUCGAUGUUAUUGAUGUGAAUGUACAUAAGACAAGGUUUUCGAAAAGAAAGCAUUGUUUGUUGCAUUUGAGAGAUUUUCUCGUACGAGUGCUGUAAAUGACGAGAAACGUUGCAGAUUAUAGUCUUAAAAAGUCUAAACUUGCCACCAUUUUAGUUUUAUCAAUGACUUUUUGCAAGCAAAGAAUUAUAAAGGUGGUAAAAAAUAUUUAUUAAUUAGUUAUGAACAUUAUUUAUUGCAUCGUUUUAAAUAAAUUAACCCAGAGGCUCAGUUUCCUUCACUAACCAGCGGUGCGCAUCCAUUUUGCCUUGCUCGAGCAGAACUUGACCAAUAGUUUCACGGCAUUUCUCGUGGUAGUAAUUUAACCAAUCAACCUGAAUGAAUAAUUUAAAUAAAACCUGUUUGUACGCUAAUUUAGCAAUUUUGACAAACAUAUAUAAUGUUAUGUAAUAUAAUUUAUGUAAUUUAAUUUAUUGAUGCAAGUCUAAUACAAAUGAUUUCGUCUUUUUAAUAAAUAUCUGGCUUCGUA